CAAGGACCUGUACAAGGAGGCCAUGAUGGAGGAGCACCAGCCUCUUAUAUCACAGGAAAAUCUCAGUAAGAAAUGUGAAAAUGUCAUGUUACCACUAGAUGAAGAUAUCAUGCAGCGCUCUUCAGGAGAAAACCUCAUUACCCUUAAUGUACAUCCAGGACUUCACAGUACAGAACUGUCAUAUAAUCCUCCUAAUUAUGAGGAACCUUCUCCGGACCAAUCACAGAUUAUUACCGCAAGUACAAGUCAGAAAAGGAUUAAAAGGUUUCAUUGUGCUAAAGAAUCCACAAACAGCUCAGGACUUUCUACACACCGAAGACGUCACAAAGGAGAGAAAAUGUAUUCAUGUUCAGAAUGUGGGAAAUGUUUCACACAGAAAUCACAUCUUAUUGCACAUAAGAGAUGUCACACAGGAGAGAAACCAUAUUCAUGUUCAGAAUGUGGGAAAUGUUUUACAGAGAAAUCAAAACUUGUUAUACAUGUGAGAAGUCACACAGGGGAAAAGCCGUAUUCAUGUUCGCAAUGUGGAAAAUGUUUUACAGUGAAAUCAAAUCUUGUUACACAUGAGAGAAUUCACACAGGAGAGAAAGCAUAUACAUGUUCAGAAUGUGGGAAAUGUUUUAGCCAAAAAUCUAAUCUUAUUACACAUGAGAGGUGUCACACAGGAGAGAAACCAUAUUUAUGUUCAGAAUGUGGGAAAUGCUUUAAAGAUAAAUCAAAUCUUGUUACACAUAAGAGAUGUCACACAGGAGAGAAAGAAUAUACAUGUUCAGAAUGUGGGAAAUGUUUCACACAGAAAUCACAUCUUAUUGCACAUAAGAGAUGUCACACAGGAGAGAAAAUGUAUUCAUGUUCAGAAUGUGGGAAAUGUUUUACGGAUAAAUCAAGUUUUGUUACACAUACGAGAUGUCACACAGGAGAGAAGCCAUAUUCAUGUUUGAAAUGUGGGAAAUGUUUCACACAGAAAUCCAAUCUUGUUUCACAUGAAAGAAUUCACACUGGGGAAAAGCCGUAUUCAUGUUCGGAAUGUGGGAAAUGUUUUACAAAGAAAUACAAUCUUGUUAUACAUGAGAGAAUUCACACAGGGGAAAAGCCACAUUUGUGUUCAGAAUGUGGGAAAUGUUUUUUAGAUAAAUCAAGUCUUCUAAAACAUAAGAGGAAUCACACAUGAAUAAAGCUGCAUUCAGAAUGAGAAAAAUGUUUUUGUUUCUAAACCCAUAAUUAGGGGUCAUUAGUGAAGUCACACAAGAGAGAAGCCAUAUGGCCACAAUAUAAGGAAACAAUAUAUCACUGGGUCAUAGACAUUGUUUUCAUUUCAGGUUGUAUAUUUGGAUAUAAAAGCUUA